GUGAAACUUAACAACAGGAACUUCAGGGAAGGAUGAUGAAGCUAAAAUAAACGAGAGGAAACGUCCUGGUAUUUUUGAUUCAGUGGUAUUCCGAUAGUAUGACAUCUGGACAUCAUCCUGGCAGAUAUUCAACACUCAUCCCUAUGUUUUGGAUAUGACCAGGUUCAAAUCUGACUUCAAGGCUUUCACACAACCCUUUUCUUUUUAUUUGAAGGACGUGGUUAAAGGACAUUUUAAUCUACAAUGGUCUUUGUGGGGCUAUUAGUGCUCUCUCUAUUCCACCUGUCUCUGGUUGGCUCACACCAGAGUUCACAACAUGCUUCAAGUCCUCCUCAACCCGCAGGGGAACAGCCUCCUGAAGGAUCUGAUAACCUGUCGUUCCCUUGGAGCCGUCUUCGCUUGCCAAGGUACAUCAUUCCUCUUCACUACCACCUCCACCUGCACCCCAAUCUCACUAGUCUCAGUUUCACUGGCUCAGUGCAGAUCCAGAUUGACGUCCAGAACAACACAAACUGGGUUGUAUUACACAGCAAGGGUUUAAAGAUUUCAAACGCCACAAUCUUGGACCAGAACCUCACUCAUCUGUCUGAUCAGGUUCUUCCAGUUCUUCAUCACCCUUCCCAUGAGCAGAUUGGCAUUUUCUCUCCCAGGGUGCUCAGCAGUGGGCAGAAGUACUUUCUGUACAUUGAGUUUGCUGCAGAUUUUGCAGAAGGCUUCCAUGGCUUCUAUAAGAGCACCUACAGAACCAGCACAGGAGAGACAAGAACCUUAGCUUCAACUCACUUUGAGCCCACGAGUGCUCGGAUGGCAUUCCCUUGUUUUGAUGAGCCGAGCUUCAAAGCCAAUUACUCUGUACGGAUCAAAAGGAAUCCAGAGUACAUCUCCCUGUCCAACAUGCCUAUAGUCAAGACAGUUGAAGUAGGCGAUGGCCUGCUUGAGGACCAGUUUGAUGUCAGUGUAAAGAUGAGCACGUACCUCGUAGCUUUUGUCAUCUGUGACUUCAAAUCUGUCACUGCAGCUACAUCGUCUGGGGUGCAGGUGUCCAUCUAUGCCUCCCCUGAGAAGUUGCAGCAAACCAGCUAUGCACUGGAGGUUGCUGUCAAAAUGCUAGAUUUCUACGGAUAUUUCAACAUCCGCUAUCCUCUUCCCAAGCAAGAUCUGAUAGCCAUCCCAGAUUUCCAGUCAGGUGCGAUGGAGAACUGGGGUCUCACCACCUACAGAGAGACCAGCCUUCUCUUUGAUCCUCUCACAUCCUCCAUUUCUGAUAAACUCUGGGUCACUAUGGUGAUCGGCCAUGAGCUCGCCCAUCAGUGGUUUGGUAACUUGGUGACCAUGGAGUGGUGGAACGACAUCUGGCUUAAUGAAGGAUUUGCGCGAUACAUGGAGUACAUUUCAGUGGAGGCCACCUACCCUGACCUCAAAGUGGAGGAAUAUCUUCUGCACAUAUAUUUUGCAGCGGUUGGUAUUGAUUCAUUGAACUCCUCUCGGCCAAUCUCCAGCCCAGCAGAGAGCCCCACUCAGAUCGAACAGAUGUUUGACACGGCCUCCUAUGACAAAGGAGCAUGUGUCCUGCAAAUGCUGCGACACUUUCUGACGGAUGAUGUGUUCCAGCGGGGGAUCGUGCGAUAUCUCCGCAAAUACAGCUACAGAAAUGCACACAACCAGGACUUGUGGGACAGCCUAACCAAUACAUGCUCCGAGGAGGACUUCAUCUCAGGAAAAUACUGUUACAGCAGCAGCCAGGCCUCCAAGAAUGCAUACCUGUUUGCAGGGGAACACCUGGAUCUGACAGCCAUGAUGAACACUUGGAUUCUGCAGAAAGGUAUUCCUCUGGUAACUGUUACUAGGAAGGGGCCCCAUCUGCUGCUCAGACAGGACAGGUUCCUGAGGACUGUGCUGCCGUCUGAUCCUCUCUGGCCCACAUUGCAAAAGGGAUUCCUUUGGCAUAUCCCUUUGACAUACAAGACAGAUGCUUCCAGCACCAUCCACAGACACCUGAUGACAACACACACAGACAGUAUACAUAUUGGAGAGGAAGUCAGCUGGGUGAAAGUAAACACUGACAUGACAGGCUAUUAUGUGGUUCAUUACGAGGAUGGUGGUUGGGACGAGAUGACACAACUACUGAGACAGAACCACACCGCUCUGAGCUACAAAGACAGGACUCAAUUAAUACACAAUGCUUUUCAAUUGGUCACGGCUGGUCAUCUGCCGCUCAAUAAAGGCUUGGACCUGAUUGGCUACCUGCAAUUGGAGACACACAACGUCCCUCUCCUCCAAGGACUGAGUUCUCUGGAGGCCUUCUACCAUUUGAUUGAGAAAAGGAAUGAAUUUGAACUAACAAGCAAGCUGCGGACGCACAUCCUGCGAUUUUUCCGUGCUGUAAUUGAACAGCAGACUUGGAGCGAUAAGGGCUCUGUGUCCGAGCGACGACUGAGGUCAGAGCUCCUGUCACUGGCUUGCCACCUGGAUGACCCUCCCUGUCUGGAGCGUGCACGUCAGACCUUCAAACAAUGGCUUCAGUCAAACGGAACACUCAACCUGCCAACUGAUGUGGCAGAGACAGUGUAUUCAGUAGGAGCUCAGGAUGACCACGGCUGGGCUUCACUUUUACACACAUACAACAUGUCUUCGUCUGCGGCACAAAAAGGCAAAAUCCUGUUUGCCUUAACCUGCAGCAGAGACACAAACAAACUACACAGAUUGCUGGAGUUGGGUCUUGAAGGGAAGGUGAUUCGAUCCCAGGAUCUGUCCUCUCUCAUUCUCAUGGUCGCCAGGAAUCCGCACGGACAUCACCUCGCCUGGAACUUUGUCAAAAAGAACUGGGACACAUUGGUUAGAAGGUUCGGGUUGGGUUCAACUUGUAUUAGAUACAUCAUCGUUGGCACCACAGGCCAUUUCUCAUCUCCGGAGGAAGUCGCUGAAGUGCAGUCGUUCUUUGAGUCCAUCAAAGAGCAGGCGUCACAGCUGAGAGCUACUCAGGUUGCUCGGGACAACAUGCAGAAAAAUGUCCGCUGGAUUCAGAGGAACCUAGAGACUCUGCGAAACUGGCUGAACCAGCAAAUGAAGUGAAAGACAGCAGAACGGGAGCUGGUGGUUAACAGAUAUCACGGAUGGGAUAUCUAAACGUUUAUGGGUUUUUAUUUGAUAAUUGUAAUGUGAUACAUUUCAGUGAAGAAUUGACAGUUUUGUAUAUGAGUUAGUGUUUUGUAAAUUUUCAGGGGACUUAUUUGUUAGAAUGAACACAUUUAAUUAGUAGAACUGGCAGCUGAGCAGUCUAGUGUGUGAAUAGCCAUGUAUGUGAGAAGCAGUUUGUGUGUUUGUGUGUGUGAGAGAGAGAGAGGUAGAGGGAUUUAAUGCUGUGUUGAUUGAUUCUUCAACAAAUAAACAUUUAAAGUGUU